GACAGAAAAUCUGGACUGAAAAGCUCCAACUGGAAUAGCUCGCCUGUAUCCAGGCAACAGGCCUGACGCAACCACCGAAAAAAAAUCCCUUAAAACACACACACACACAUAGACACAGAGAUUUCAGCAGCAAGCCAGAGACAAGAGCGAGACAGAAACCUGAUGGCACCACUGACCGAGCUUUGCAAACCCCGAGUUGCAAACCAGAGGCAGAAGGAGCGACAGAGCAAAAAAAUAUGUCUCUGGCAUAGUAAUUGUCACUCAGCCCCCGGGGCCCUCGUGGGCGUCAAUAGCAGGCAGAAGAAUUACUGAAUCACUCAGAUUACAACAUUUAAUGCAUUCAGCUAGAAGGCUGGAUAUCCACUGGCAGUUCUUUCUGGGCACGCUACCAACCCAGCAGUGUUUUCCGUAACUAAAGUGACGCCGGAGUGGAGAAGCAGCUGAUGUGGCUGGCUGGCUUAUGAGAACUGGCUUUUAUGCAUCAAGUCAACAGAUGGAAGUUGUUCUCAGAAGAAGGAUUCCCUGAGUUUUGCUGUUGCCCUGAUCUUUACAAUCAACCUCUAACAUUUUACUACAGAAGAGGAUGUCUUUGCCCAGAAUCCAAAUAGAAGAGGUGGCGGACAAUGCAGAUGCCUCCUCUGAGAAUGCCACACCCCCCCAUGACCACCUGAGAAGCCUGAAGGCUCUGACGGAGAAACUGAGACUGGAGACCAGGCGCCCUUCUUACUUAGAGUGGAAGGCCAAACUUGAGGACCAGACGUGGAAGAGCCCCAAGCCCUCUGGGGAGGAAGAGGCUAAAGAAGAAAAAAAGGCCACAGAGGAAGCCAUCCCUUUAAGAAAGGUGCAGGUGCAUCUCAAAGGGAGUUCUUCCCAGGAGAAGGUGACUCUUACUUCAGGGAAACUAAGUGGCUUUGAAAGCAUUCAGGAAGCCCUGAAUUGGCUCAGGAAGGAACUGACAGAAAUGCGCCUGCAGGACCAGCAGCUGGCGCGGCAGCUCAUGCGCCUGCGCAGCGACAUCAACAAGCUGAAGAUCGAGCAGACGUGCCACCUGCACCGGCGCAUGCUCAACGACGCCACCUAUGAGCUGGAGGAGCGGGACGAGCUCGCCGACCUCUUCUGCGACUUGCCGCUCGCGAGCUCCUUCAGCCUCUCCGCGCCCCUCAAGCUCAUCGGCGUCACCAAGAUGAACAUCAACUCCCGCAGAUUCUCGCUGUGCUAGAGGGGGGGCACGGGAGGGAGCGUCCGUGGGGAAGGGCUGGGGGAGCGGAGGUGCAGACAGAGGGAUCUCUCCACUGAACUGCCAGAUCCAAAGACUCACGAGGACGCAGGGGGGAAGCGGUAAAAGGGAGCAGAUCCCACAGCUGCUCUCGCCUCCAGGCGGUGCCGCUGGGUCUCAGCCCGGAGACAGUAUGGAGACGCCUACAGGCAAGUUGGGGUAUUAGAACCAUGGGGAACCAGGAAAAGCCUGCAGUUUAGUUUGCUCCUUUGCAAGCGCAAUCCCACCUCCUCCUCCUCCUCGGUAUGUAAUUGUAAGAGACAGCAGCAGCGCCAGAAGGAUCGGCGAGGCAGCAGGAGGCCACUGGACCUCCCAGGUGCUUGGAAAUCAAAGGGAAGGUUAAAAGUACAGCCACACACCAAAGCAAAACCCCUUUCAUCCACCUGGGGCCAGAACCCAUGGCCCCUCUAAAAACCAAUGAUACUCCUCUGUUUGGAGGUUGCUAUCUUGAUUAGAAAGCUGAUUUCCAAUGGCAGCCGCGCCUCCAAGUCAUGAGGGAUAGUGGGUUUAUGUCGUGCACAAUCCCAAAAGAACGGUAGAGAAGCUGGGCUUGUCCUGACUUGUGCCUUUGCUGUGAAUGGUAACUAUGGACAUCAUACACAUUUAUACAGCGAUUCAGGCUGGUCUGUGCCCCCUGGAGGUUAUGAUCAGGGCUGCAAAUGUGCUAGAUCUCAUUCUUGACUUGCUUUCUCUACAACAGCUGUCCGAGUCGGCUCUGUUACCCGACUAAGAAACAUAGAGCAAUAUACCAGCACUGUGAUGGCCCACAUCCCCAUCCCACUGCCAUCAGGUGGGACUCGGCCAACGCUCCACAGAAUCGGCCUCCAGCGUGCCAGGACAGCCGCGUCCAAAUAAAACAAGGAAAUGUAAAGAGGAAAAUGGCUAUUUUCCCUAGUGAUUGUAGUAGUAAGAAUUACUGUAAAAUGAAUACAAGAAAGAGAGCUAUUGCCAAGUCUGCUGUUGAUCUGUGGCAUGACCAUGUGCUCAGCAACGCGGAGAGUGACCAGUGACUGCCACGCAGAGCCAUCGGUCUAUAUUGUACCAGGAUUGUUUCACGGCCCUGCUUCCGUCCCUUCUAAGCCUUCACCGAACACGGAUCUCUGGGGCAGUGCCCGCCCUUCUGCGAAAGCAUAAAGGCACGUCUCUCCGUAACUUGCAUUACUCAUCAUACCAGGCCAGCUGUGCUCUCUCCUACCUGCGAGAUCAGCUUCACGAAUCUGUUCCCCGAGCGUCGGCUUGGAGGAAGCUCUUCUGGUGAAUGGCAGAGGGCAGAGACAGAGGCAUCUACAUGUCUUUGAUGGCAAAUUUUAUAUUGUAUAUAAGCCAAUCAGACUCCACAGGACCAAGAAAGGAAUGACAGGGCAGUGAAGUCUUUUGGGUUUAGUUUUUUUCCUUCCCUUGAAUGAUUUGGGCUUUAGUAGCUCCAGGGUGUCAAUAUCAUUUAAUAGGAAACUACAGCAGUUUUCAGAGUGAGAAGUGGUUCAGGAUUGUCACUGGAGGUCAUUAACCAAUCCUUAGUGCUGUAAGGCAUGCCAAUUAGCCAUCUCUUGUGCAUGGGGUAUUAAUCUCCCAGAAACCGGUCAGGGGGUCUGUCAUGGGGGUGUGACCACUGCUAACAUUCAGUCUUGAUUAAAGUAUUAACAGUAUCCUACAGCACUGGCCCAGUACUGCAGUAUUCUGUAGCAAUGGCUGAUUACUACAGUAAUAGUAAUUUACAGCUCUUUACAGUGCUUUUGAUUAGCAGAUCUCAAAGCAAUUUACAAAGGAGGUCAGUAUCAUUAUCAAUACCCAGAAAGGCACUGGAACAAAUUACCAAACAAUCAUUAGUAAGCACCUAGAGGAUAACAGGGUUAUAAGGAAUAACCAGCAUGGAUUUGUCAAGAACAAAUCAUGCCAAACCAACCUAAUUUCAUUCUUUGAGAGGAGUACUGACCUAGUUGAUAUGGGGGAAAGCAGUAGAUGUGAUAUAUCUUGACUUCAAUAGGCUUUUGACGCAGUCCCAUAUGAUAGUCUCAUAAGCAAACUAGGGAAAUGCCAUCUAGAUGAAAAUACUAUAAGGCGAGUGCACAACUGGUUGAAAGACCAUACUCAAAGGGUAGCUAUCAAUGGUUUGCUGGGGGAUGUAUCAAGUGGGGUCCUGUAGGGGUUUGUCCUAGGUCUGGUGCUAUUGAAUAUUUUCAUUAAUAACUUGGAUGAUGGAGUGAAGAGUACACUUGUAAAAUUUGCAGCUGACACCACACUGGGAGGGAUUUCUAGCACUUUGACGAUUAGAAUUCAAAAUGACCUCGAUCACUUAGAGCAUUGGUCUGAGAUCAACAAGUAGAAAUUCAAUAAAGACAAGUGCAAAGUACUUCACUUAGAAAGGUAAAAUCAAAUGCACAACAACAAAAUGGGGAAUAACUGGCUAGGUCAUAGUACUGCUGAAAAGGAUCUGGGGGUUAUAAUGGAUCACAAAUUAAACAUGAGCCAACAAUGUGAUGCAAUUGCAAAAAAAGGCUAAUAUUCUGAGGUGUAUUAAUAGGAGUGUUGUAUGUAAGACCUGGGAGGGAGCUGUCCCACUCAGCUCAGCACUGGUGAGGCCUCAUCUGGAGUACUACGUCCAGUUUUGGGUGCCGCACUUGUAGAAAGAUGUAGACAAAUUGGAGAGAAUCUAGAGGAGAGCAACAAAAGCAGGAGAAAACCUGACCUCCGCUGAAAGGUUAAAAAAAACUAGCCAUGUCUAGCCUGGAGAAGACUGAGAGAGGACUGAUCAUUUUAAAACACGUUAAGGGCUGUUAUAAAGAGGACGGUGAUCGGUUGGGCUCCAGUGUCCACCGAGGGUAGGAGAAGAAGUAAUGGGUUUUGCUGCAGCAAGGGGGAUUUAGGUUAGAUACUAGAAAAAACUUUCUAACUAUAACUUAUAUAAGGUGAGGUAAGUAGUGGAAUAGGUUACUACAGGAGGGUGUAGAAUCCUUGUCCCUGGAGGUUUUUAAGAACAGAUUAGACAAACAUCUGUCAGGGAUCGUCUAGGUUUACUUACUCCUGCCUCAGUGAGGAGGGAUGGAUUAGACUUAAUGCUGCCUGCAGUGCUCAAGAGCAUGGGUACCUGCCUCAGGCCAGACUGUUAGUAAUCAAGGCACAAACCCCAAAUUGGCUGUGAGUUCUACACUUAGAUUUCACAGCCAAUGACCAAGGGUAAACUCCUCUGACACUACAGCAGCCUUAGCACGGAGUCACGGGCAGUCCCAUUGGGUAUUCUGAUCUGUCUCACCAAGCAGGUGAGCAUACCUUUGUGACAGAUGGUCCCUUACACCAAGGAUCACAGCAAUAUUCAGGUUACUCUCAGUCCCAAAGGAUCAGUCACUUACCCCAGGUCACUUGCACCUUAGAUUUCACACCAAAGACAACGCCUGUCGCCAAUCCUAUAAUAAACUAACUAAAGAUUAAUUAAAUAGGAAAAGGAAACCAGAGGUUAAAGCAAGUAAACAUAGAUACACAAAUGAGUUACAAUCUUAAAUUGCAAAAGGCAAUAGGAGCUUCUAUAAUCAGCAAGCUCUGUAUGUCUUUUAGGGCUAACCCAGGCUAAGCAACUGGGGAUCUCUCACUUAUGCCUAGAAACACUGUGCCCCCCAGAGUCCAAGCAGCAUAGAAAUACUAAAUUCCUUUGGUUUGUGGUUUUGAUCCCCCUACUGCCAUGUACUCUGAGUUGCAAACUCAGUUGAUGGGAGGAAUCCACUUGCAUGACUCAUCUUUACAGGGAGGACAGCAGGACAAAGAAGUCUUUUGUCCUCUUGUUGACUGCAUGUAGGGAAAUUCCAGUUCCAGUGUUCUACAGCGAUCCAUCUGGUAUCGAUGGUCCUUGCCUUCUGGGAAGGACAUAACACCUUCUGCUGAAGCUCAGCCCUUCAUGCUAAUUAAUGUCUCUCCUAUCUAAUACUUUACACAGUCAUUUUCACAGGGGCUCAUAGAACAACUGCUUUCAGUGGUUCUCAACCUAUUUACCAUUGUGGGCUGCAUAUGUGGCCCACAACGUGUUCUGUGGGCCCAUCCAAUGCUACCUGUAUGGCCCUGAUGAUGUCACAUGGGCUGUAGCUGUGUGCUGAUUGGGCCGCAGGUUGAGAACCACUAGAUAUUACCUUACAAUAUAGGAUACAGAGGUUAUAUGUGAGAUUGAUGCAAGCAGCAACUCACAAGCAUUCAAUAAAGUCUAAACACAUUCUUACCAUUCUAAUAUUUAUUUUAACACUUGAAACACACUGAUUCUAGCUAUGGUUAUGUAUUUGCCAGCAUUCAGCUGAGAUGUGGGGGCCUUAGCAUGAGCUGGCACCUGGUAUGCCAGUGUUGCAAUGACCUCUUGAGGUCCCCUCCAGCCCCACAGUUUUAUAAUUAUCCCCAUUUUACAGAUGGGGAAACUGAGGCACCAAGUGGUCCAAUGACUUUCCCACGGUCACUCAGCAGGCUAAUAGCAGAGCUGAGAUUAGAAUGCAGGGCUCCUGAGUGCUAGUGUGAUACACUAUCCACUAGGCAACACUGUGUCUAGCAAUAUUCUAUGGUCUUGGACCACUACCGUAGCAUACCUGGAGUAGAUUGUGUAACCGUUACACUGGUGAGCACUUACUCAUGUACAUCGUCCCUUUACAUUCAAUAGGCAGAUGUGCAUGUUCUAACCAAUGUGAGUCAGGACCUCCAUUUUUUUAAACACAGGGAUGGGGAGUAGAACUGAUCAAAAUAUCAAUUACUGUAUUUUUGCAGGACAUUUUGAAACGUGCUCAUUUUCCAAAAAAUCCUGUAGAAUUGUUUUUUUUUCCAAUGAAAAACCAAAAAUGAAAAACCAUUGGCUUUCAGAAAUAUUUGCUGUACAUUUUUUUGCCAAAAGAGGUACUUAAAAACAUUUUUUUUUUAACCAAAACCCAGAAAAUGUCAACCAAAAAUGAAUGUUUUCAUUUCGAUCUAAAAGCCAGUUUGCACUGAAAAAAUGCUUGGAUGAAAAAAAUGCGACCAGCUUCAGGAGGGAGGGAGGUGCAUCCAACUAACUGAAGGAACUGGACAUGAGUGACUGGUUAUUACGUAACUAAACACACCCAGAUUGGAUUUAUCACAAUGGACAGUCUUUUAGGACAGGAAUAGACGGAUCUCAUUUCUGUACCAUCAAGGACUCUCUCAGUCACUGAGAAAAGUUAGUGUAAGCACAGUAAUAAUGAAAUCAGAGUAGCCGGGGUUAAACAUUUCAAAGAUGGGGGUUUUAAGAAAUGAAUCAUUGUAUUUAUUAGAGAUGGGACGGUCAGAAUUGCCAGCUGUUCGUCAAAAUGCACAUUUUUGUAAAAUAAAAAAUGUCAGGCUUGAUUCCUGCCGCUGAUCGCUCACUGGCUGGUGUAGCACAUUCCUCAGCAGCUACACCUCCAGCCGGGGGGAUACGAAUAGGUUCUGAAGGAUCUUCAGCCAGACAAACAGCCAUCUCAAUGCAAGUCUGACGAUCCUGCUGCUUAUGUCAUCAGCAAGAACUGAAACCUGUGACCUUCAGCACUGAGCUCUACCAUUUGAGCAACAGAAGUAUGUCCAUCAUCAAGCAGCACGAGUAGGUUGCUGUCCUUUGUGUGGACCAGGCACUAACGAGGGAUGCAACCCACAAGCACUGUGCAAGGUCUUCAGUGUGCUCUGUCCCCCUGUCUAGAUUUGUAUACCAUGCACAUCACUGUGCUAGCCAAGAGCCUUCACCAGCAGCUGCCCACCUUGUGGUCUUGAGCAUGGAGACUAUAAACAGGGUGAAAAUGAAGGGGUGGGUUUUAUGUGGGUGGGAGGCAGAGGUAGAGGAAACAACGAAAUCAGUCACAGUUUGUUGUUGUUACUCACCAGCAAAAAAAUAGUGGGUCCAGACACUUAACAAAAACAGCUGGCUAUGGCAACAACAUUGACAUAUUUGGUGGGAGUAGGGGAAUGGGAUUUUGCAGACAAAGGGCCAGAUCCUUCACUGGUGUGAAACACUGCAGCUUCCUUGAAGGAGGGCAGGAUGGUCCAGUGGAUGGGUGCUAGGCUGGGCUGUGGGAAACCUGGGGUCAACUCCUUGCUCCACCACAGACUUCCUGUACGGCCUUGGGCUAGUCUCUGUGCCUCAGUUCCCCAUCUGUACAAUGGGCAUGGCAGCACUUCGCUGCCUCACAGGGCUGUCAUAAGUAGAAAUGCAUUAAGGAUUGUGAGGUGCUCAGACAUAGUUGGGAUGGGUACCUGUAAGUGCCUAAGGUAGACAGAUGGCUUUAUGCCAGCUGAGGAUCUGGCCCAAAUAAUCAUCGGCAGAGUUGACUGGUGCCUUUUUUGUUCUGAGAAGAAGGAUGUGUCUGAGUUCCUUGACUUGAAGUAGUCACACUCCAUGGACAGUUGUGCCACAUGUGUGUGCAACAGUCCUGGGAUAGCAGCUUCUGUAAAGCAGAGCAAUGCCAGACUUUGAUUUAAAAAAAAACACACAGCCACGUGCAGCUCCCUGGGUGUCACGGCAGGUCCCACACUCAGAAUCCAGACCAAGUGCAACAAAUGGCUCAGGGCUCUUUCAAGCAAAAGCAGCUGAAAUGCAGUGGGUCCGUGCUGAGUUUUGCUCUGAGGUUGCUGAGUUUGGUCAAAUCUGAAGCUCAAUGUGAAACUCAGGGAGAGCGAAUCCACAUGCACUAAAGCCGUUGCAACUCUUCACACAAGGCUUGGUGAACAAAAACAGCCUUAGCACCUGCAGUAGGGUCUAAUCCUGUUGAUCUCUCACCAAAGGCAAUGGCAAAACUCCGAUAGGAGCAGGACUGGCCCAUGAUGGGACUGCCACAUUUGCUGGAGUGGAUCCAGCCCCAGAGGCCAACAGACUUAGUACAACAUCUGUAAAGGGUUUGUUUGUUUGUUUGUUUUUCCUAAGGGAAACAUCUAAUUCUUAACCUUUUGGCAAUACAAAGUGCUAUUACAUGAGCAAUGAGUGAUUUGUAUUUUCAUGGUUUCCACUAUUGUUUCUAUAUUACCGCUCUGACAAGUGAACUGAAAUAAAAAGAUCAUGACAAACAUACGGUGUACCGA